AUGGCUUUUAUAUAUACAAUCGAGUUCCAAAAAAGAGGUUUGCCUCAUGCCCAUAUACUUAUUAUUUUAAACGAUGAUAGCAAAAUUGAAACAUCUCAAGCUAUAGAUAAAUUUGUUUGUGCCGAAAUGCCAGAUGAAAUUCUCGAACCUAAACUUUUUCAGAUUGUUACCCAUUUUAUGAUACAUGGUCCUUGCGGGAUAUUUAACCCCAAAUCGCCUUGCAUGGAAAAUGGCAUAUGUACCAAAAAAUUUCCUAAGGAUUUUCAAAUGGAAACAAGACCAAAUAUUGAUGGGUAUCCAUAUUAUAAAAGGCGAGAUAAUGGUAUUACAAUUCUUUCCGGUAAACCUACGGAUAAUCAUUAUGUUAUUCCAUAUAAUCGAUAUCUAAUGUUAAAAUUCAAUGCUCAUAUUAACGUGGAAAUUUGUACAUCUAUUAAAUCGGUAAAAUAUAUCUUUAAGUAUAUUUAUAAGGGCUAUGACUGUACUAAUGUUGACAUUAAUGUUGCUUCAAAUAUAAAUAUUUAUGACGAAAUUAAAUCACAUUUAAAUGCGCGAUAUGUGAGUGCAUGUGAAUCAAUGUGUAGAUUAUUAGAAAAUAAUAUGCAUGACCGCUCGCACGCUGUUAUUCGCUUAGGAAUUCAUUUACCUUUACAACAGCCAGUAUAUUUCACUGCUGGACAUGAAAGAGAUGCUUUAUUGAGAUCAGAAAAUAAACAUACUACUUUAACGGCAAGGUUUGAGUUAAAUAAGACAGAUCUAGAUGCUAGACAAUAUCUUUAUGGGGAAAUACCUUAUCAUUAUGUGUUUACAAAUUACCAUUGGAAACUAAGAAAAAAACGAUUAAAUGUAAUUUCGAGAAUGUAUUCCGUUCAUCCUAAUUCUGGUGAAUGA